CAACGUUCCCUUUUUUCAAACGCCUUGGAGCCGCCCCCCCCAGAUUUCAAACCCUCUCUCUCUCUCUCUCUCUCUCAUCAAAUGCCCGUCACGCACCGCAGAACGCACGCAGUCUCUCUCGACCUCUCUGUCUGCCUCUGUUCCUUGAUGGGCUCUCUUCAUUUGAGGCGAACUUCUCCUCUUCCAUGAAGAUCUUCAAGCCUUGAGGAAGACACUCCCUCCCUUUGUGAGACUGAGCUUCUGCCGUUUGAUGGGGUGCUUUCUUGCGUGUUUCGGGCUCUCCAAGAAGCGGAGGCGCAGAAGAAAGCCGAUCCAUCCUGGAGACCAAGUUGGCCAUGGGAAGUAUGAGCCUCUCGAUAACUCGUCCCAACUAGAUCUGGAAAUCGGUCAGGACUCCAGCACCUCGACUUCUUCCUUGAGCAAGAAACAAUCUAGUGCGAAGACCCGAAAGAAAGUCCGGUUCAACUUGAAUGUCCAGACCUAUGAGCCUAUCCCGAAUGCGGAUCCUUAUUUCUCGGAUAGCGAUAAAGAGGGAGAUAAGAGAAGACCCGAUGAUGAAACAUCCCGGCUAGAUCCGUCCCCGACGCUACUCGACGAGGGUUCAAUCGCUUCGACAGGUGCUCGCUAUUCAGAGAACCAUAGGUAUCAGAACUGCAGGGACUGCUCUGAUGAGGAAGAUGAGUUGCUCGACGAUGACAGCGAUUUCGAACUCGAAGAUGAGGAUGAUGAUAUAGGCAGUGACGAGGAUAUUGACUUCUACGGCAAUAUGCAGGAUUCUGGAAUGAGCCAGAAGCAUAUUCCCCUGCAAUUCAAUUCCCCAGUGUCUUCGAGUAUGAAAGAGCAAGUAUCUCUGUGGCGGUCAGAUUUGGACAAGACUGAAACCCCGAUAUCAUCCCAUCAUUCCAUGAGUGUCCUAGAAACGAAAACUCUGAACACAAGUGAAAAUGCUCGAUGUAGGACUCAGUACGUUGAUUCUGUACUAAACCCAGUCGAAAAUCUUGUGCAGUGGAGAAUCAAGGCGAAUGCGAUGCAGGUUAAGCACCAGCUCAAGGAGAAUGUAGCAUUGGAGAAACAAUCUAGCGCGCCAUUUUCACCGAAUGCUAGCUUUAGUCCCUCAGCUUCCUCUUUGGGAUCUAAUCCAGUUGCUUCUAAAUCUAAACCUCUUGGCACGGUGAACACGAGCCUUUCAAACUGGUUGGUCUCGUCCAACGCUGUUCCGUCCAAGAAUGCACCUGUUAGUAAGAGCAGCGCCGUCUUGUUCAAGACCGUUUGAUCGAAGCAAAAGCAUGUUUCAUCAAGCUGACUUCAUUCAUCAACAGAUGGGAUCGGGAUGAACUUCAUGGGAAUCUAAGGAAUAACAAGGAAACAGCUGAUGAAACACCGGUCUUCUGUAAUAAAGCAAUUGCACAUGGCAAUACAAUUUGACAACAUUGUGUUUAGGAUUUUCAUCCAUCAUCCUGGAUAAAGACAGUAACCUUCAGUCACAUACAUGCCAUCAUCCGAUAUUUUGUGUGUUUUGAGUCAUAUUCUUUGCCUCUUAAAAGGCAACGAUUGUUUAUCUGCUCUCUGCUUCUUGUUUGUGAGAGAGAAUUGGUCUUUUUUCGCCUUAGGGUAUUUGGGGGGGUGCUUGACUACUUCUGGUUGUUGUUAUUUUGUUGGUGAUGAUCAUAUCUUGUUUGAUUGUCUUGAACUGCCAAGAGGGUUGACUACGAAUUUCAACAUGACACCAAUAUUCUCAGCAUCA